GCUAUCCCGUCAAUACCAUUCACACCUGGAGCCCCAGGUGUUAGUUGGCAGAAACGCUGGCACAGUCUGGAAUUUGGAAUCCGGUUUGAUUCUUUACUGUAAGACUGGUGUCAGUGACAGGGUUUGCACAGUUAGUGUGGUGUGCCGCCAGUGUCAGUCAAUUGGUAGCUACUGUAGAAGCUACAUACAUAGGUCAGACACGGUACCAUUGUCGACACCCAGGUACUGUGGACAGGGAUUUCUAGUUGGUACGGAUUGGUGACCAGUGAGUUAGGGAUGUGUAUUGGUAUUAGAUGUGAGUGUAUUUGAAGUGUGUUAGGGUAAGUAUAUACUAAUAUGAACAUGGAGAGCUCAGUCAGCACUCUCAGUACUCGAGUCUACCAGUAUUCCUCGCAGCAAAGUCACUGUCUCUGUCCAAAGCAGGAACGCCGCAAAGUACUCAUUCUGGAGAAAAACUGGAACAGUCGUGGCUGUCACACAGACAGUUUCUCAAAUGUGAAAGAAUAUUACAGUGGGGCUCAAUGUCCGAGUAAACACCGGAGUAUAUUUGAUGAAUUCUGGGAACAAAUUCAUGGUGUUCUGCCGAGAUGUCCGGCUAACACUUUAGUGGUGUCCCCCCAAUGUCGUUCCUCCCAGGAAUGUCAGUGUGGAACAGGACCCCAGGCUGCUGUCAUUCCACUUGGAUCAUUUGAUGUGUAUGUAGCAAAGGAAAGCCACCAGAUAGCAGAGGCUACACAACAAAAAAAUGCUCGGCUCAAAGAGGCAUUCGGCAUCAGUGAGCAUUAUGUGGAUGGGUCCUCAUUUGAUCCUGAUCGCAAAGCAAAGGAAGACGCAGCCAAAGCACUCGCCAUGGCCCAGAAAAAGUACAGUAUAGUACGAGACUCCAGCUCAUCAGAAAGAUCCGUCUCUCCACCUCCAAAACGGAAAAAGAAAUCAAAAUCUAGGGACGACAGUAGUUCCCCAGAAAGACGACAAAAGAAAAAGAAGAGCAAAAAACAUAAGCGAGAUCGUUCUCAAUGUAAAAAGCAGAGAAGUUCACAUAAGCAUAAGAGGAAGAAGAGUGAGUCGUCACAUUCCCAGAAAAGGUCCAAGAAACGGCGCCGGCGGCGUUCACCCAGUUCAAGCUCCGACAGCAGAUCUGCCAGCCCAUCAGAUAGUGACAGUUCAACAUUUAAUGGUGAGAAAGUGAAGCCAACAGAAAAAAGUAAGAAGAGUUCAUUGAGCCCAAGUCAUCUGUCAGAAAAAAUAAUAGCCAAAAGGAUCUCAAGGUCAAAAUCUCCCAAGGUCACGAGGAGGUCAACUUCAUCUUCAUCAGAUAGUUCCCAAAGUCCAAACCCAAGGAAAAAGCAACUGAAAACCAACGGCCAUAACACUGCAUCACAACACAAGCAAAGCAACAGUUUAUCCUCCAGGUCACCAGAUCAAUCCCACAAGCGCCUUAGUCGGUCACUGAGCUACUCUCCUGCUGAAGGUCAAAAGACCAAGGAGUCUGUGUUCUCUCCGAAACUUCCCUACAAAUCCCCCUCCCCUCCAAAUCGGCACUCACGGCCCUCAAGGUCAAGGUCAAGAAGUCACAGACACAAGUCAUCUUCAUGGUCAAGGUCACGGUCAAGGUCCAAGUCAAGUUCAAGGUCACGGUCAAGGACACACUCAAGAGGCAGAAAAAGGAGAAGCCAUAGUUACAGUAAGUCAAGGUCUCGGUCCCGAAGUCGCAGUCGUCGUCGUAGUUACAGCAGGAGUCCAUCACGAAGUAGAUCACGGCACCGGAUGUCUCGCAGCCCCUCCAUACGACGGAGGAAGGGGUCGCCCAGCCAUCUGGAGAAGCGGCGUAUAACCAGUGCCAGAAAACGUCCUGUACCAUACUACCGGCCUGCUCCCCCCUCCCCGAGCUCUGUGAGCAGUUAUGACUCGUACUACAGAUACAGUCGCUCACGCAGUAGAUCCAGACCCCGGUAUCGCUCACGCAGCAGGAGUUUCUCACGAACACGGCGACACAAGAGCUAACGCCUGGCAUUUAUCUGUUUAACUCAAACUCAAUAAUGAUGAAACAAGGAAUAUUUCAUAAAUAAUUAUAAGUUAUUCUGUGUACUUAAAUUAUAACAAUGUUUAGAAGUUAUGAUUAUAUGAAUAUUUAUAUCUAUAGAUAUGAUUAUUCAAUAGUUAUAAUUACAGUUGUAUAACAAUGUUUCAUAGUUUAUGAUAAUAAGAAUAUUUCAUAGUUCCAAUGAUAAGAAUGUUUUAUAAUUAUGAAAAUAUCUCAUAGUUAUACUUACAAUUUUUUAAUAAUUAUAAGAAUAUGAAAUGAUUAUAUAAACUAUAGUAUACUGGAAGUAGUUGUGAUUCUCGGACAGUUAUAGGUGCAAUAUUGAUAAAUGAUAAGUUUUAUAGUAAUCUGAUGUACUAACCAUUGUACGAUAUUGAUUACCAAAUUACCUAGCUGGUAUCAUGUUUAAAAGAAGUUGUAAUUAUCAUAUUUAUACAAAGUUCAAUUUUCUGUCCUCAUAGCCAUUACAGAGUUUACUACCCACAGAGACAUGGUAUUGAGAAUGUUUCUAGAGUCACAACUGGUAGUCAUGAUUGUAAUAAAAAAUGGUGAUUUAAGAAUAUUUAAAUACAAAACUCAGAUGAAUCGCAAGUUGUAAUAUUUUGGAGUGAGGUAUGUUUUUUUUAUAUUUAUUUAAAUAAAUCCAUUGGUUUGAUGUGCAAUACGUAAUUUUAUUGAAUUAUUUAUUUGAUUGUUUAUUUAUUUAUUUUAACAUCAUGUAGUGAUAUUGGUGUUGAUAUUAAAGUACAUUGUAUAUAGCAUUGUUCAUGUAGUGAUACAUGUACUUAGAAUUUUAUGGAUAGUAAACAGAAAAUGCCAUUUGCAUUGUUUUUAAUGUCAAAUGGAUAUUGUGUUUAUAAAAAAAAAUUGUGGUUGAAUUUUUAUUUACUGGUAGCUGUCAAACACAUAAUCAUUAUGACAAGUUUUGAUAGAUAUUUUUUUUGAAAACCUCUGUAUCAGAUUGGAAUUUGUAUAUUUGGAAAAAAGAAUCUUUUGCAUUGUAUCAACGGACAGGUACAUUGUAGAGUAGGAAUUCACAAUUGAUUUCUCAGUCCGGUCAGUACAAUGUUCAGUUGGCUAUCAAGUACACGCAAGAUGUAUAAAACUUACAAAUACUGUAAAAUCACAAUUCACAUAUUUUCGUGGGUUUCAAACUUAGUGUUUUUCAAAUUGGUACGACUUGUUUGAUAGUAAUUUUAAAAUCUACUAGUCCAUUCGCUAUAAUUAUACCUAUAUUAUCAUGUACCUUUUUGUCAUGUUUUAAACAUGUUGAUAUUGUAACUCGUGUACAUUUGAUUACAAGCAUGAAGAGAACCCACAAAAUCAACGAAAAUAUAACCCCAGGAAAGUUAAUGAUUUAACAGUAACAAAGUAAAUGGCAUCACAUAUUACUCAUUCCAAAGAA